AUGGCGGACGCGACCUCGUUGUUCAGGCGCGCGGCCACCGAUGCCAGCGCCAGCAGCCGCAGCAACGGAAGCGGCGGGCGUGGCGCCCCCACAGUCUCCCUCCCCGACGCCGACUCGGCGCCCAUUGAGGAGUUUGUGGCCAAGUACCAGGUGAUUAAAGUAUCGUGGCGAGGCAAGUACGAGCGCAUUCUGGCAUUAGCGCCUACGCGUUUUUGCACCAUCGACCCACGUGACUUCGAAGUUACCAAUACCUGGUCACUCACAGCGCUAGUCAGUAUCAGCCUCGACCCCUCAGACGCACAGGGGUUUGCUUUGACGCUAAAAGGUGCCAAGAAGGACGAGCAGCUCAAACUACGCUGUCGAUUCCGCUCUCGACUGCUCUCGGAUCUCUACAGACUCAAAGACCAGUACCAGCAACACAAUGCUCGUCCCGAUACGAGCUUCCGAUGCUCCAAGUGGUCGAGAAAAGGGGACACAAUCAACUGCACGCUGGAAGUAGGGAUGGAUGGGGUUACCCUUACCCAACCGGGUAUUGUCCGCUCCAAGUACCUGUACACGGAGAUGGAGCAUUUGACGAAUCUCACGGACUCGCAGGAUGGCUUUGCCAUUGGGUACACGGGACGGAGUAGACUCUUUUUCAGUCAGCAAAGAGCACAAAUAUAUCAUCGGAUUCAGACAGCAGCUGAAGCCAUUGGGUGCAAGAUUCAAGCGAGGACCAAUGUGACGGCGGAGAAGAUUCAAGAGGAGAGAGGCUACUAUGGUCUGAACAACGGUGAACCGUUCGUGCAGUUCCACGUGAGGAAACAGACACCCAAGUACAAUGAACCACAAGAGCGAAUUCUUUCGCUGCAUGAUAAGAUGCUGGUGGAAGUGGAUCGCGAGGAUAAAGUCGUGGCGUGUUACAAAUACGCGGAUAUCUACGUGCUAGUGCGGGAGCCGACGAGCCCAGAGCAGUUUGAGAUCCAGUUUCGCAACGGCCAAAUGCGGACCUACGUCGCAAAGGAUCGUGAUGGCGUCUUAAGCGCGAUCUACGACAUUUGCGUGACUUGCGAGGAGAACCCCGAAUUGUUUGUCACAAAUUUUGUGAAUCAGCGAGGACUCCGACUGCUGCCUUUUUCGGCUGUGGAGGAUACCACAGAAACACAGUCAUUUUUCAACGAUUCUUCCAUCGCAAGUUGGUACCUACAGCGCAUGGGAUCCGUGGGGAAGUUUGGGAACUCCAUGAAAGUCGGCGAUAGAGGCUUCGUAGAAAUUGUAGCUGAGUUCAACGCGAACGUCCCUGCAAGCGGGAUCCCAUACAACACGAAACACUCGAUCAUCGGGGAUGCCUUACGGCCGAUUUGUGCCCAGCUGUAUUAUGUGGCUAAAACAAAACCCGUCCCUGAGCGCUUUGCGGUGACCCUCCUUCAGGCAUUGUUCCGCAUCUCAUCGUCCUACUACGGAUUCCGUGAGAUCGGUCAGGCCGGUCAGAUAUCGGAGACGAUCACAAACCUGUUAAACAAUGGCGAGGAAUUCGUUGUUUUUUGGACAACGCUGCUGCUACGACGACUGACAGCUCAUACGCCUUCGAGUUCAGCCGGCCUCGACAAAGCUUCCGUGAAAUAUUGCGAGGAAGUCGAGACGCAAAACAAGAAUGUGCUUCUCGCAAACACCUACUUAACCCAGUCCCUUAUCACGCAUUUGGAAGAUAUUGAUGUGGAUCGUGAAAGCAACAACUCAAGUCACAGACCGAGAGCUGGGCCUCUUGUCAUGAUGGGGUUGCUACAGACCCUGGAGGGUAGUCUUUGCUCUCGAGCUUCGACGACUGGGCCAGUGGAGUUCAUGACUUUAGCAGAAGGAGUGGCGAAAUACUACAGCACCAUACUGAAAGUGCUGUUCCAGUCUCGCUGCGCAACCACCGUCGAGGCGUGUACACUGUUGCUGAAGACUGCUCUCGAGGAAUGCGACCCCGUUGUGGCUUCAAGCAUCCGAGACAAAGCCCUGACAGAAGGCAUCGUUCUGCGUCACUUCUAUCAAGGUUUAUUUGACGAGUCCUUUGAUCAGAGAUGCGUGAGCAGGUAUUUGGUGUCUCUUUGGAUGAGUCAUCACGAUGGAUCGAAGCAGCUUUUGUCCCGGAUGAUCCCGUCAGGCUUUUUCCAUCUGCUGAAGGAACCUCCCGGAACAGCGGCGCAGAUCGAAGACUACGAUCGAUUGGAGCGGGAAGCAAUGGAAGCUGAACGUCAAGAACGAUUACUCGAGUACAACGACGAUGACCGUGCUUCGUCUACAAGCGAAUCUACAGCCCAAGGAGGCUCGCUGGAUUGGUUCUCUGGCGGCGAAAGCGGUAGUAUUGCAGACGCCGAAAUCCCUCAGGAGAAGAUUUCGCGAAAGAGUGUGUCCAUGGGAGAUGUGGGUUCACGCAGUGGGCAUCAGAGCGGACUUCAGUCAGAGUACCGGCGGUUGUCAGUGUCAAACUUGCCCAUUCCUGAGGUUCGCUCAUCAUUUUCAGGCGAACGAGCAUCACUGACGCGGAAUGGCACUAACGGACGGAAUUCUUAUGAGACGCCGAUCGAAAACGAGCAGUCGAAGGCUCGAUUGCUACGCAAACUGAAGAGUUCAGUCGACGGGACCUCAAAGAGCUUGCACGCAGCUAAUAACUCGAGGCAUGAAGCCAAGUCUCGUACCUCCAGCUCUCACGACCCGGCACCGCGUCUCCGCAAAAGAGAUGUCGCUCUUAGUUUCUUAGGUGCGCUUAGUGGUAAAAAGUCGCCUUCUCAGCAUGGGAUCAAGUCCUCGAAGGGAAGACAUCGCGCGAUGUCACGCUCUGCCCGCGCACAAGAGAACUUUCGACUUCUUUUUCACAUGCUCAGUCUGGACCAUGAGACUGUUCAUAUGAUCUGGAAUAAGCAGACAAGAGAGGAGCUUCGGUCUGCACUGUUCGUUGAGAUUAAGCAUUUCACCCAGUUCCAAAUCAACAGCGGAAUGAUGAAAGCUCGAUGGAACUACGAGGAUUUUGCCGUGCCUUACCCAAGUCUCGCCAAUGAGGUCGUCGUUGGCGGAUGCUACAUCAGAGUUCUGGCGCAUUUGCGGAGCAAAAUGUCCUUCUUUGGAACGGUCACGGAGGAAGACAAGUUCAUUAUACUGACACCGGAGCAGGUUCCUGUUCGAAACCCCGCAGCGGUACUGGCGGCGCUGUAUGUUCGGAUGUUGAGAGAGAACAUCCACGCCGAGUACAGAGACGAUUUGGAAGCGUCGAUCUUGUGCAUUAAGAGCAUGGGAGUCGUAGCAGCUGCUCAUGCUGGAUAUGUGAAUGCUGUGAACUUCGAAGAGAUCGAACAUCUGUGGACGCUCAUGGGUGAAACUGUGCAUGCUUCCAUGUUGGUGAACUUCCUGCAGACCGUUCGGGCGCUAUGUAUGCACCCUGGAAAUGCUCGUCGAGUUUUGGGCAAUGAAUGCAACCUGGAGCUGGCGGUUCAGCUUCUCCAACUGGCUCACUCGACUAACCGCGAAAUCGGUGACAUCACCGAGCCGAAGAAGCUGUGGAUUCUCGAAACUGACGGAGGCGAGCAACUUGGGCCAUUCAGCGUGAACGAACUGAAGCAAAAGCGAGAUGAAGAGCACAUUGACAUGAGCUCUUACUGGGUUAAACGCCAAGAUGACGCAGCUUGCGAAUCAAUGACGACAACGGCUAAAGUUAUGGAAAUUGCGCAGCUGCGGUGGGAAGUGGGCAUUCUAGGCGGGUUGCACCCGCUACAGAUGGCGCACGAUGCAAUCAGCGUUCUACUCUCGGUUGCUCACAGUAACUCACUGUUAGGAAACAAUAGCACACGAGGUGAUGACUCCGCUUCGCCCAUUUUCCCGCCGCCUCGAGGAAAAACGACGCUGUGGAGAUACGCCCGUCAAAUUCUGCCUGUUUUGAUCCGAAGCAACCAUCCUGAACUGUGGGGAAAGGUUGCCACGCUGCUCGAGUUUUUGUACAGUGAUCAGCAGCCAAUUAUUGAGCCUUCCGAAGAAGACGCCACAAACUGUGCUGCGUUGUUCUCUUGGGGCUUGUUCUACCUGGCGUUCGUGGGAGGAACAUCCGAGUUCAAGUCUAUGGCGGGGUUGCUGAAGGCUACACAUAAGCAGCAGGCUGAUUUCAACGGAGUGAGCGCACUAAAAAGUAUUCUACCGCAAGCUAUGAUCAACUUGCUAGAAAAGUCAUCUCCUUCUGCGUUCACGAAUGUAUUCUGCGAGGGAGAACAGUCACCAGAAGUGAUCUGGAAUGACGCUAUGCGGGAGCAUUUGGAGACCGUAUGCCAGGCCCAUUUGCAAGAUUAUGCUGAAGUCUUGGAGGAAGAUUCGUCUCGUGAUUGGCGUUUUUGCCCCAUGGCACCUGUUGCGUUCAAGGAGUUGGCCGAUGAAGUCUGGUGUGGAGGGGUUUAUCUCGGUCAGUACUGUGAGCACGACAACUUCGAUAUUGCUGAUCCAUUGGAUUUCAUGGAGAAUUUAACCAUGGAAUGGCGCGCCGAAGUGAACCGACAAAAUACUUCCAUGACAUCCGCUCAAGCACGACAAGUCUUGGGUGUUACUGACGAGGAAGGUAUGCAAUCUUCUGACGCUACUCUUCGUACUGGCUUUAAGGAGAAGGCCAGAGCACUGGUUCAGUCCAGCAUCUCUACGAGUGAAUACACUGAGAGGCUGGAUGAACUGCGAGAGGCAUACCGAAUUCUUACAUGCCCACGAUCAACUUUAUUAUCCACCGGCCACGACCCUGCGAAUUUGCUACUUCUGCUUCACUCUUUAGUCAUCAUGUGCAAUCGCUACCCAGAACAGCUCGCAGAUUAUGAGUUUGAUGCGUACGAUCUGCUGCUUCCACUACUGGACUCCCACUGCACAGCAAACGGAGUCCCCUCGGAAGGCACCACUCCAGCUCAGACCCUUGAGAUAUCUGUUUGCGCUGCAGAGCUCGUCUACAACACGUGUGCAGUAUCGGUUGCCAACGGCGAGCUACUCCUUGAGCAGGCACACUUGAACACCCUGGAAAGGGUUGUGAAUUUCUGUGUUGCUUCGAUGAUUGGCUGUGAAGCGACUGACAGACCGGAACUGUUGGAGGUGUGCUUCUACCUGCUCCAAACAGUUACGGGGCUUUUGGCAUCUCCUCGUGGAAGAGAAUGGAUUGCGGAGUCAUCAACAUUGCUGGUGGAUAUGGUUCACAUUUUGUGGAUGUGGAACAAUGCCGGAAAGAAGUCCAUCCUGUUGUCGAAGCUUACGCAGCAAGUUCUUGAAGGCAUGUCGAGAAUGGCACAGCUGGAGCAAAACCAGCAACGCCUUGUCAAAGCUGGCGUUUUGUGGCAACUGUUCAAGCUCUUUUCAACGUACGAUGUUGAGCUGGAUGACGCCAUCGUCCAAACCCGAUUGCAGCAGAGCAUUGAGACCGAGGAAGGAGGAUACGCGACCGUAGCUGUGGAGAUCCAGAACCUAUUAGCUAUCAUGGCAGUUCGUGCUCUUUGCAGACUUGGAGGAUUGUUUGCUGACAGAAGCGAGCUCCAAUCUCCACCCAAUCCUGUGGCCGAACGGGUUGUGGACUCGCUAAUGACUCCGAACCUGUCUGUGCUUCUGCUACUGAGCAGUCAUCACGAAUUCUUGAAGAUCUUCCACGGAGAAUGCGAAUCCUACACGCUGUUUUGGAACAGUGAGAUGCGACAAGAGCUGAUGAAUCUCGUAUCCCCACGGGCCAGUGUCGAGCCUGCAAUGACGACGAACGAACAAUACGUCGACGCCAUCAAAUUCCGGUUCAUGUACCUAGCAGAUCUGCUCUAUGUCGGCGGUUUGUACGUCGAAAUACUCAUGGGAAGUCUUCUCGUCAUUGAGAAAAGCAUGGUCCCUGCACCUGUCGCCGAGCUGGGACUCACUGAAACAUUUUUCAAGGAGUUGUUCUCGUUUAUCGACAGUGGAGAGCUUAUCUAUCCGGAGUUUGUGAACGAGGAGGAGAAGGUGCAGCGACUCCCACCUUAUGCUGGCUGGAAUAUCGACGAACAGCAGCGGACAACGAUGGACCGAGUCACGGCUCUGAACUGUCUGUCGAUCACAACUGCAGUGGCUCCCACGCUGGUGGAAAAGAAUCUGGUUGCGAACGACAGCGCCAUGAAGAUGGUGUUGCGUCUUCUGUUCCCACCGGACAAUGAAGUUCACCAGAGCGAGGAUGCCGAGAAGAGUCUUGUGCUAACCCAGCAGCUGUAUGUGCCAUGCCGAUUGCACUGCCUAGCGACACUUCAAGUGCUGUCGAUGCUCGAAGACUUUAGCACAGCUGCACUGGAGUUUGGAAUCUGCGAUAUUCUUAUCGAGUUGGUUCAUAUCUGCCAAGACGUGGGACCGGAAGCACUCGGGAUCAUCCGCAACCUUUGUGCGAAUGGAGCUGCGGCCAAGUGUGUUUCAGAGAUCCUUCAGUCGGGAGUCUACUUGGAGUUCAUCGGAUGGGUCUUGCUUGUGGAGGAAACCAUCGUCGAUGACGAGUUUGACGCAGCAGAACGUUUGCGUGUCCCGUCAGCGAUGGUUCUCUCUGAAAUGGUUCAGGACGGAGCACCACUGAACAUUGAGUCCAGACGUGCACUGUGCCGCUUCUUCCCGCCUGCUAUCGUUCGGACAAUCGCUUCCUGUCCAGACACCAUCGUGGAGUAUAUUAUGACGGACCACAAGACGCCGGAGCUCGUAUGGAACGUUGAGUUUCGCAACCACCAAAGGAACUGCAUCGUCAACUUCCUCAACAUUUACUUCUCGUCGACAUCGACUACCGAGACGGAGGAUGGGAACUUCACGUCCGUGGUUGACUCAUUUGAGAUUGACUUCACUGGCCUUUACCCGGCUCCGAUGGCCGGCAAUGUUUACCUCACAUUGUACAUGGAGGACUUAACCUUUGCCCUGCACGAUCCUCUGUAUUUCAUGACGUGUUUGUGGUCCGAGUUCGAAGUCCUCUUCAAGCAACUCGCUCACAUGACGUCUGCACAACGCGCGACGAUGCCUCGUGCGGACGACGAGAUGAUACAGCGAGAUAUCAACCUGAUCGACCUCGUCGGGUCGUCACUAGUGUGUCUGCUUCAGUUCGAAACACCUUUACUGGAGAACGUAGCGGAGCUCCAGAUCCCAGCGAAGUGCUGCGAGUAUCUGAACCAAACUGUCCGUUCUCAAGCGUGCGAGCCGUGCGUGGUCAACGUUGUUCGAAUCCUUCGAGUGUGUACAAUGUCUCGGACAUGCAUUGCGUCGAUGCAGUCGAUGUGCUCCACGGCCUUGUCGUGCUUGAUGGCGCUCCUCAACCCUGUUCGAGGAGGGCCCCUUCACUACGAGAGUGCGUUUGUGCUGGAGAUCAUGCGCCGAAUCGUCAAGGAUUAUCCCGAGCACGGCGACCGAGACGCGAGCGCGGGUAUCGUGUAUCUUGCAAGUCGACUUGAUCUGUUCGGCUUCCUCUUGAAUAUUCUGGAGAAUCCCGACAGUCUCGGAAAGGUGAAGGAGCAGCAUAUCGCCCGCGCAGAAGCGAUCGAGAUUUUGAACAUGCUGGAAAAGGACCGCGUCCAAGGCAGCACAGCCCACCAGAUUCUGAAGAAGCACAAGAAAUGGCAGAAGAGCUACCGGCACGAAGCCACCGACGUGGUGAAGGCCAUGUCAACCGAAGACCCGUUUUUGAAACUCUUGUUUCCCGAGGCAGACCGUGUGAUGCGAGCGUUAGUGUAGUAGCGGCUCUGUGAGGCGAGGGAGGCAAGUGCCACCAAUUUUUGCUUAUAUAUUGUUCUGAUUAUGCUGUCAA